AUGGAAGUGUUCCCGGCGAUGGUGGCGGCCUGUCUUCUGGCGCACUGCUCGGCCGACGAGGCCGCCGGGUCCCGGGGGCUGCUGGAAGGCUCCUGCGCCGCGGCGGGCAACGCCUCUGCGGCCUGCCUGCUCCUGAGGGCCGCGGCCCGCUGGCUCGACUCGGUGGACGAGCUGACCCUGGCGGAGGGCGUGAGCGUGGUGAAGGUGGCCGGAGCCGAGGGAGGCAACCUGGUGGACGGCCACGACGAGGGGUUCCUGGGCCGCGCGGCCAGGUUCGCCGGCGGCCGCGAGCUGAGGGUGCGCCUCGACCGCGUGCUGCCGUCGGCGGAGGAGCUGCUGGGGCUGGCGAGGACCGACGGCGAAGACCCCGGGCCAGGCACCGGCCGAGGCAAGAACAAGGGCGGCGGGGGGCUGGCCAUGAUCGGCGCCAUGGGUCUCAUGAUGAAGGGCGUGCUGGGCGCCAUAGGGCUCGGCGGCGCCGCGCUGCUCGCCAUGAAGGCGCUCAUGGUGAGCAUGAUGGCGCUCAUGCUGUCCGCCAUCGUGGGCGUCAAGAAACUCGCCUCCAAGGACGACGACCACGGCACGCACCACGUCCAGGUGGUGCCGGUGCACCACUCUGGCGGCGAGCACGGGCACUACCGCCGGCGGCGCGCCGGGCCUGACCCCUACCGGGCGCACCGUCACCUGGCGGGGUAG